CAACACUUUUCUAAAAGAACCUAAACGUGGUGAUACUGGAGGUUCUGGGAUUCAUGGAAGUACAUCAGUCCAUCCUGUUUAAUCAUCAACCCAGAGACGACAGGACAAAUAUAAAGAACCUUUGGGCACCUCUGUACUGUGCAGAGGGCAGAAACAUCUCCAGAUACCAUGAAGCUUCUAGUGACCAUGAAGCUGGCUCUGCUGAUGGCGCUCAUGGUGCUGACCGGUGCAUUACCGGCAGCAGAGGAGAGCGAGGAGAUGAAUCCGGCUCCUUCGGAGAGUCGGUCGGCUUUCGCGGCCCUGGACGACGUCCGGCUCAUUGCUAACGGCCUUUUGCAGCUGGGUAAGAACUUACGGGACUUUGUGCAGAAGACGAAGAGCCAGAUUAAUGACAUCCUGCAAAAGAUCAACAUCUUUGACAAGUCCUUCUACCAGCUCUCUGUGCUGGCCAGCGAGAUCAAAGAGGAAGAGCAGGAACUGAAGAAGACCACGGUGGUGCUCAAAGCCAAUAACGAGGAGAUCAAGAGCCUGUCGCUGGAGAUCAACUCCAAAGUGGAGGACAUCAUGAAAGAGAGAAUUCAGCUCCGUAACCAAGUUGGAGGGCUGGAGGAGAAGUUAAGUGGACUUUCUCAAGGACUUCUGACCGUGGACCAGGUCGCAGAAAUCUCUACACUUAAGGAGGUGAUUCAAGCCCAAGAGAAGAGCAUCUCAGAGCUGCUGAGGGCUGUGAAGGAGCAAAGUGAGCACCUCAAUUACCAGAAAAACAAGAUCAAAGGUUUGGAGACGAAGCUGAACUCCGCCGGCCUUCAGGACACCGCUGCUAAAUCCCAAACCACUAGCGUGUCAGAUUAUCUACUCAACUAUUCCACUGACGGAAGCUUCUCGAGUGAUUUACCAAGAGACUGUGGUGAGAUCUUCAGAACUGGAGAGAAGACCAGCGGCCUGUACUCCGUUAAGCCGAACCAGUCCGAACCGUUCCUGGUACUCUGUGAAUUUACAGACGAGGGAGCCUUCACCGUGGUUCAGCGCAGACAGGACGGCUCUGUCGAUUUCAACCAGUCCUGGCAAAAAUACGAGGACGGAUUCGGAGACUUCAGCGGAGAGUUCUGGCUCGGCCUGAAGAAGAUCUUAUCCAUCGCCAGGCAGGGCGACUCUCUACUGCGCUUUCAGAUGGAGGACUGGAAGCAGGAGAAACAAACUAUGGAGUUCCAGUACACUCUGGAGGGCGCCGAAUCCAACUACACAAUCCACCUGAAAUCAGAAGAUCUGACCUCUGAAGUGGACAUCCCAACAGGAAUGAGGUUCUCCACGAAGGACAACAACGAUGGGAAUCGAUCCACCGACCCAACCUGCGCCCACGAUUAUACAGGAGGCUGGUGGUUCAGCGCUUGUGGUGAUGUCAACUUGAAUGGUAAAUGCGUCCAAGGCCGACCUCGCAGGAAAGGACUCCAUGGGAAGCACAAUAAAGGGCAGCACUUAAAAUCCACACAGAUAUCCAUUCGUCACUCUCGGCAAACGUAGUCGCUCAUAAAUCUGUCCGAAAACCUGCUGAUCUCUCUACACAGACGCAUCUCACGUCAUCCUACACUCCCGAGAAGAGGGCGUGUCUAAAUUCUUAGAUCCCUUAAAAUGCUCCUACUGAGGCGCCUUAAUUCUGAGUGAUGAUCUGACUGAAUGACGAGGGAGCGUCCGACGCCUCCUCAGCGCUGAGGGCAAUCCCAGCAUUCAGUGCGGCAUGACUUCUCACAACAAAUUGACAGACAUGGCGGACGAACAUAAUGCGGAGCAACCAACAGAGUUCUUUUAAAAUGUAAAUAAAUUCUGGUUGAUGUUUAAUGUGUAUAAAGCUGCACAAGUGUCGAUUAUUACGUUAUCUGGCGUUCUAGCGAGUUGUGCCGCCUCAGCCCGUCAGUUUAAGAGGCCUUAACUGUGUUAGCUUGGUCAGAUAAAACUACGGUGACGUAAUCGGCGUAAUCUCUGUAUAAGUAGAGCGUCUAAAUAAUCUGCCUUAUAAAUUUGAAGUCUUAUUAGAAUCCUCUCUACUGAGGAGCUGAUCAGGUAGGUAGGAGGGAGAAGGACGGGUCACCAGGUUUUCAGACAGACCCCAUGAGUGACAUUUUAAAAAGAAACAUUUGUAUGUGUAAUUGACAUAAUCCAAAAGGCAUAAAACAGAUCUUAAUAUUUUUAUUUGAAUAUAAUAAGUGUACCUGGGGUUCAAUAUGAUUGUUCUGGAUGAUCAGAUAAUGAGAAUAAAUGUGUAUUUUACUUUACAGAACCGGCCGUAUAUUAUGUUUAAACUGUUUUAAUAAUAAAGUUCUCAUUUUCCUGGAUCAUGCAUACUGCAAAAAUUAUGCUACCCCAGAUUAAAACAUCAA